GUGCGCGUGAUAUCCUUCCGCGGGAGAGAAGCGCGCGGCCUUUCACUCGCGACGACACAGGAUGCGAACGGGCGGCGCUCGGUAACGUUUCCCCGCAACACCCGCGUGAGAAAACACCGAGCCAGCACCGGGGAACUCCCGCCUCUCUCACCGCCGACUGAACCCGCCCGGUAACCGACUGAGCUUUGUGAAUCGGUCUAACCCAGUCCCGCUGCGCGGCAACCAGCCGAGGAGGAGAAGCCGAAGAAUGGAGCUCAUCACGAUCCUCGAGAAGACCGUCUCUCCAGAUCGGAAUGAACUGGAGGCGGCGCAGAAGUUUCUGGAGCAGGCAGCGAUCGAGAACCUGCCCACGUUCCUGGUGGAGCUGUCCAAGGUGUUGGCCAACCCCGGGAACACCCAGGUGGCUCGGGUGGCCGCCGGUCUGCAGGUGAAGAACUCCCUGACCUCCAAAGACCCCGACGUGAAGACGCAGUACCAGCAAAGAUGGCUGGCCAUCGACGCCAACGCCCGCCGCGAGAUCAAGAACUACGUGCUGCAGACGCUGGGCACGGAGACGUACCGGCCCAGCUCGGCCUCGCAGUGCGUCGCCGGGAUCGCCUGCGCCGAGAUCCCGGUGACCCAGUGGCCCGAGCUGAUCCCCCAGCUGGUGGCCAACGUCACCGACCCCUCCAGCACGGAGCACAUGAAGGAGUCCACGCUGGAGGCCAUCGGCUACAUCUGCCAGGACAUCGACCCGGAGCAACUGCAGGAGAACGCCAACCAGAUCCUCACCGCCAUCAUCCAGGGCAUGAGGAAGGAGGAGCCCAGCAACAACGUGAAGCUGGCCGCCACCAACGCCCUGCUCAACUCGCUGGAGUUCACCAAGGCCAACUUCGACAAGGAGACGGAGAGACACUUCAUCAUGCAGGUGGUGUGUGAAGCCACGCAGUGCCCCGACAACAGAGUGCGUGUCGCAGCCUUGCAGAACCUGGUGAAGAUCAUGUCCCUGUACUACCAGUACAUGGAGACCUACAUGGGUCCGGCUCUGUUUGCGAUCACUAUCGAGGCGAUGAAGAGCGACAUCGACGAGGUCGCCCUGCAGGGCAUCGAGUUCUGGUCCAACGUGUGCGACGAGGAGAUGGACCUGGCCAUCGAGGCCUCAGAGGUCUGUGCCUCGGAGCAGGGACGCCCCCCCGAGCACACCAGUAAAUUCUAUGCCAAAGGGGCCCUGCAGUACCUGGUCCCCAUCCUGACCCAGACCCUCACCAAACAGGACGAGAACGACGACGACGACGACUGGAACCCGUGCAAGGCGGCGGGCGUGUGCCUGAUGCUGCUGGCCACCUGCUGCGAGGACGACGUGGUUCCCCACGUGCUGCCCUUCAUCAAGGAGCACAUCAAGCACCCCGACUGGCGCUACCGGGACGCCUCGGUCAUGGCCUUCGGGUCCAUCCUGGAGGGGCCCGAGCUCAACCAGCUCAAACCACUGGUCAUACAGGCGAUGCCCACCCUGAUCGAGCUGAUGAAGGACCCCAGCGUGGUGGUGAGGGACACCACGGCCUGGACGGUGGGGCGGAUCUGUGAGCUGCUGCCUGAAGCCGCCAUCAACGAGGUGUACCUGGCCCCCCUGCUGCAGUGCCUCAUCGAGGGCCUGGGGGCCGAGCCCAGGGUGGCCUCCAAUGUCUGCUGGGCCUUCUCCUCUCUGGCUGAAGCAGCUUAUGAGGCCACAGACGCUGCCGAGGAGCAGGAGGAGCCCGGCACCUACUGCCUGUCCUCGUCCUUUGAGAUCAUCGUCCAGAAGCUCCUGGAAACCACCGACAGACCCGACGGACACCAGAACAACCUCCGCUCUGCCGCCUACGAGGCGCUGAUGGAGAUCGUGAAGAACAGCGCCAAGGACUGUUACCCCGCGGUGCAGAAGACCACGCUGGUCAUCAUGGAGCGGCUGCAGCAGGUCCUCCAGAUGGAGUCUCACAUCCAGAGCACCUCGGACAGAAUCCAGUUCAACGACCUGCAGUCGCUUCUGUGUGCCACUCUACAGAACGUCCUCCGCAAAGUGCAGCAUCGGGACGCCCUGCAGAUCUCGGACGUGGUGAUGGCGUCUCUGCUGAGGAUGUUCCAGAGCACCGCCGGCUCCGGGGGCGUCCAGGAGGACGCUCUGAUGGCCGUGUCCACCCUGGUGGAAGUUCUGGGCAGCGACUUCCAGAAAUACAUGGAUGCAUUCAAGCCUUUCCUGGGCAUCGGACUGAAGAACUACGCCGAGUACCAGGUGUGUCUGGCGGCGGUGGGUCUCGUGUGUGAUCUGUGCAGAGCUCUGAUGUCCAACAUCCUGCCUUUCUGUGACGAGAUCAUGCAGCUGCUGCUGGAGAACCUGGGGAACGAGAACGUCCAUCGGUCGGUGAAGCCUCAGAUCUUGUCUGCGUUCGGAGACAUUGCUCUGGCCAUCGGAGGAGAGUUCAAGAAGUACCUGGACAUCGUCCUGGACACGCUGCAGCAGGCCUCUCAGGCUCAGGUGGACAAGACGGACUACGACAUGGUGGACUACCUGAACGAGCUGAGGGAGGGCUGCCUGGAGGCCUACACCGGGAUCAUCCAGGGCCUGAAGGGGGACCAGGAGAACGUCCACCCUGACGUGAUGCUGGUGCAGCCUCGGGUGGAGUUCAUCCUUUCCUUCAUCCACCACAUCGCAGAGGACGAGGACCACUCGGACGGAGUCGUGGCCAACGCCGCCGGACUCAUCGGGUAAGGGGGGGGGGGGGGGGGGUGUCACCGCUGAUGGUCUGAGGAGAAUCAUGCACCACGCUGACUGAGUGAUGGACCCAAACCACGACGUCUGAGGCCAGAACUAGGGCUGCAACUCACGAUUAUUUUGAUAAUCUGUUGAUUAUUAUUUUUGAUUCAUCGGAUUAAAAAACAAAAAACUGUAAUUUUCAACCCGUUAUUCAAAACGGGGUUCGUACGGUCAUGGACAACCUUCAUUGGUCAUGAGGAUGAACCUGUCCAUUGGUCAUGUGAUGAACCUGUUCAUUGGUCA